AUGAAGAAAGGGCCAUGGACUGCUGAAGAAGAUGAGAUUCUGGUCAACUAUGUCAAUAAGUUUGGCCCAAGAGACUGGAGCUCCCUUCGAUCCAAAGGACUUCUUCCCAGAACUGGGAAAUCUUGCCGUCUCCGUUGGGUUAAUAGACUUCAACCCAACUUGAAGACGGGAUGCAAGUUUUCAGCAGAGGAAGAGAGGGUCGUGAUUGAAUUACAGGCACAAUUCGGGAACAAAUGGGCGAAAAUUGCAACGUAUUUGGAGGGAAGAACAGACAAUGAUGUGAAGAAUUUCUGGAGUACAAGGAGGAAGAGAUUAGAAAGGAUUUUGCAGAUCCCACCACAGAAAUCUCAGAAAAACAAACAGAGGAGUUUGGAACCUCAAGGACUCUAUGAAUUGCCUGCUUUAGAGGUUCCUAGCUCCAGCUCCUCUCAGCUGGAUGAACAAUCAUCAACCUGGAAGGAUCAUUUGGAGAAUGCUUUCCAAUUAGGAAACUCAGAGAUGCAUAAAACAACAUCGCUAUCAGUACAGUCAAAUAUGCUUACUAUGGAAAAUGAAAAUCAAGUAUUUGGAACCCCCUCCACUCACAUGCUAGCAGCACCCUUUGACCCUUUUUCUCAUUGUUGCAUCUCCCAAUUCACACAUUCCUCGCAAGAGAUCGGAAUGUUCCCAGACUGCCACGGACUGGCUCCAAACCACGCUCCUUUCAAUUUGCAAGACGUGUUUGAGCCAGGCGAGCCUUCGGAAACAAACAGUUCCCUGAAGUUCAUAAGCAGUUCAAUGCCUAAAGAACAAGAGAUGAAGGCAGAAAGUAAUUUAGAAGUUAAGAAUGAAAACUCUUACCAUGCAACUGCAGAUGAUUGCUUUGAUGAUUUCACAGCUGAUUUAUUUGAUUUCUUUGAUCAACCUCCUCCUUCAUUGAACUAG